AUGCUAAGCCCAAAGUUGCGCUGGUCCAAUAUAAGACCGUUCGAGAUCCACUACCCCAACGACUGUGAGACCGUCUUUGCCGCAAGCUCCAUCCUCUUCCCAAAAGCAAUUCGUGCUCACGCUCUCGACCACCUUCGGGGCCUACUGCUUAAGCAUAAUCAUCAAGGUGACAACAUGAUGCCAGAGAACAAAGACAGCCCCAGGCCUCACUCGCCCUCGGUCAACAGGAUAAAACGGUUUUUCGAGGCAAUGGCCAUUAUGUCAGUGACCUCCUUGGUCGUCAGUACCUUCGAAGCCAUCUUUCUUGCGCCGGUGGAUCCUCGUUCAUGGUUUCAUUAUAUAUUAUUCAUCUCAUUUUACACGAUGUUUUAUUUCCUGUACGAGAAGAUUAAGUCGAUGUAG